UAAGGAUUGUGCUGUAUAUACAUUGCAUAUGGUUGCCUAAAAGGAAAGGAUGUUCUCUAAGGCCUUUAAGAGUGUCCCAAAUGGAUACUAGUCCCUUGUAGGGCUGUCAGGCCCUGCACAAAGCUAUACCAAGUAUGGAUGGCAAUUUUAUUGCUGAUGUGCGGCUGGACGAUUCCGAUGAGGUCCUUCAGCUGCCGAUCGUUAAAAGCCGGGUUAAAAAGCUUCUCCAAGGGGCCGUAAAGAAGAUUGCUCUUCUUGGGGCGCCGGUGAUUCCGUCCAGUGAUGACACCUUGAACCAAUUCCUGAACUCAGCUGGACGCUUCUUCGGAAAGGACCCACAGAAAUGGGAUCAAGUUGGCGAAACCAAGGUGGAUGUUACGGAGGAGGCGGGCAAGCGCACGACCAAGCUAACGGGCGUGUUCACUGGUACGGAUCUGUCGCUCAUGGUAGAAAACCCGUACUAUGACGAGCGUCUCCCAGCCCGUGAGGACAAACCGGAGCUCAACUUCAGCCAGAAGCGCACAAUCAUAAACACAGACGAGGCGUGGCAAGAGUUGAUCUCGGAGCAGCCAUGGACCGCUAGCAAGCGGAGGCAGCUGCUUACAGCGUACCUCCACGCCAAGGUCGAGGCAGAGGACCCGCUGCUGGCGGCGGAGGGCGCUCACGGGUUCUGGGAGCUCUCCAUAAACAAAGACCACCACGCGGACUUUCGACUGGACCGCCUGGCAGCGCUGCUCAACCGCCUGUCCUCACCCAACCUAGAGGUGGCCACCACCACCGCAGCAGCCGUAUGGGGCCUCGCAACCACUGCCCUUAGCCGUCGCGCGCUUGCGGAGCUGGACAUUGUUUCGCUGCUGUUGUCCAACCUCAAACGAUCGCUUAAGAUGCCCGUGAUCCUGGAGGAAUCCUCCACGGCGAAUGUCUCCGGCGCCUCACCGGUCCCCGGCAUGUCCUCAGCCAUGGAUAACGACUCCUCAUCCAUCAGCAGCGGGAAGCAGCACUCGGGUGCGGUGCCGGAGGCGCAGCGCAACCGCUACCAGUCCUUUUUGCUGGGCGCGCUUAGCGUGUUGAUGAUCGACCGCAACUGCCGCCGAGCAUACCUGACGCAGGAGCCGGAGUUUGCCACACUGUUUGCGCUGGCGAGGAACUUGGAGGGCUAUGCGCCCGACGCGGCAGCAGCGCGGCGGGAGACGGCGUCCAAGCUGCUUACCACGAUGGUACAGCGCGACGCGGAGGCGCGGCGCAGCCUGAUUGCCAGCGGCGCGUUGCGGAACGUAAUUAUGCUGCUCAAUCCCAAGGGCCCCGGCGAGGCCAUGAUCCAGUUCUGCUCCGCCUCGCUGCUGGCGACGCUGGUGCUGGACGAUGACGCCAUGGAGCUCAUUCGCGAUCGCGGGGAGGCGCCGCUCAUGUUUGAAGCUUGCAUUGUGCUGCUACGCAGCACCCUGCAGAAGCUGAAGCACGAAGUGGAGCGCUUCUACGGACGCCUCUCACCGGAGGAGGACGCCGCCACGCCUCACUUUGAUGUGGAGCUUGGGGUGCGGCUGGCGGAGGCAGCGUCACAGGCCAUGUGGGGCAGCGCGCACUACUGCGUCAUGAUGGACCCCAUCCAAGUGAAGAUGGAACACAUUGCGCAGCUGGGCAUCAUGGGCAUGGACUGCUACAACACCGUGGCACUGCCGCUCUCCCGCGUUGCGCACUGCAUCACAGCCUCCCUCGCCACGCUGGCCGCCAACCCCGACGCCGCCAUGCUCAUCAUGAACUCCCCCGACGAUGUCGUCCUGAAUUUCCUCAUGGCCAUGCUAGACGCAAUUGAAACCCAGAACUUUGAGCAGGCUGGGCAUGUCAAGGCCUCAGCUUGCGCGGGCGUGGCGUUCCUAGCAUGCCACCCCAUCGGCGCGGAGGGGGAUGACUGCAUGACGGGUCCUUUCCGUGCAAAGCUGCUGGGCCUCGGCGCGUUUGGAGCGCUGCUGCGUGCUGCUCUGAGCAGUGUGCUGGAUUCGGACUGCGACCGCAUCAUUCAGCAGGCUGCCGCCAUCGGUCUCAUGUACCUGUCCACUAUGGCUGGCGCGGUGGACGCCGCGGAGCUGGCCAUGUACGCGGCGCUGCUGACGGACAGCGACAACAGCGAGAUGAUUGAGUUCCUCAUGGCGGGCAUGUGGAUCUUGCUGCGCAACGGAAACAACCGCAAGGUUCUGGGCACCUCCUUCAACCCCUCGCCUGCCAACCAGCUCGCCAAGAACAUGAUCAACAAGCUCAACGAUGCCAUAACGCUGCACGAAAUCAACGAUGAGGUGGCCGCCAAGACCGCCAAGCUUCGGCAGGUGGCCACAGGCGGAGGCGACUCCCCUCCCCCCGAGGAGGAAUCCUCCAUGAACCUGGAAGCGAGCCAGGCAGGCAGCGGCGCCUCACCGACGGCGGCAGGCGGCGACUCAGGUCGCGACGUCGGCGCUGACGGUGCUGACGCCGCCGCCGCGGCGGCGAUGGAAGACACCGAGCAGCUGGACCAGCUUGCGGAGGCGGGAGCGGGGCCUGGAGCUGAAGCAGGGGCGGAAGGAGCGGAAGGCGUGGACGGACCGGCUGGGGAGGGCUCGCAACCUCCGGCAAGGGGCGCGUCAGAGACCGGCGGUGCCUUGCCGCAGGAGGCCAGUGCACAGUUGGUCCCGGAGCCGACACCGCCCAUGGUAACUCCGGACCCGGAUGGUACGGGACAGCCCGCGGUGGCAGAAGAACCUUCAGAAUUGCGGUACAUCCCGAAGGGGCAGCCUGCCAUGCCGGACGCCGACGGGUUCUACGAGAAUCGCGACAAGCCGUUCCCCUCGUCGCUGAUGCUGAAACGUGCUGAGUCGGCGGACCGGGUGCGGCGCAAGGCGGAGGCCAUGAAGGGCCGCAUGCAGCAGCUCGAGAAGCGGUUCGACAAGCAGCUCAAGGACAACUGGGGCCUGGAAACGCUCGUGUCGGUGGGCGAGUCCUGGCUGCCGGCUAUGCUAGACCAAGAUGAUGUGGGCGAGGCCACGGACGUGCCGGUCCUCAAGCUGUUUGAAUUCCUGGUGGCGUCCAUCUGCAUGUUCAUGGUGGAUGACGACGGGAUGCCCGAGCGCCGUGAGCUGGACGUCUUCCGGCUAUCAGCACCGGAGGGCGCGCGCAACAAGACGUGGUGGACGGUGGAUGUGCGGGCUCCGGAGGCCGACGGCACCGUGGACCUUGACACGGAGCGCGCGUUGCGCAUCCUCCUGCAGAUUCUGGGCAUGCAUCUGGGCGCAGCAUGGAAGUCCAUGCAGCUAGGCGUGCUGACCCUGUGGAACGCCUGCUGCCGGCACCCCAACAUGGAGCGGCACGUGGUGGAGCGCGGCGUGGCCAUGAAGCUGCUGCUUGUGGUCAACAACCCCUCGUGGCCGCCCUCGCUGCGGGAGAUCGCGGCUGGCUGCUUGGAGUUCUUCCAGGAGCGCUGGUCCAACCUGCCUACCUUUGGCCCCGGCGAGCCGCACCUCAUGCCGCAUGGGCUGCCGGCUGAGGUGUCCGGCCUCACAAUGGGAGGCCAGCCCACGGACGGCGUGGUGCCAUACAUUGCGGCGAUGGUGGGCCUUGUGAACACGCAGGUACCGCUCAUGGAGUACCGUGGCUGUCAUGGCCUGGCGCGGAUCACGUACACCGCGCCGUACGGUUGCUCGGAUCCAAAGGGCUUCCUGCGGGAGGCCAAGGCAGUGGCAUCCGCGCUGGGCGCUGUGGAGGCGCUCAUUUCGCUGAUGAAGCGCCUCAAUCGGCGGUACCAGGAGCUCGGCGCGCCGGGUGUCAUCACGUCCAGCCUGCGUGCAAGCAACAACGGCGCCGCCCCCCCUCCUGCAACAAUGCCGAACGGCGAGGAGAAUCCAGCAAUUUUUGAACGCGACAUGCACAACCUGGAAGCCGUGCAGGACAUCUACUUCGUGGCGAUGGCAGCGCUGCUGAACCAGUCCGUGUUGCGGUCGAACCAGGUGCCCAUUGCCAAGCGCGGCCUGCUGGUGCUGCUGGGCACCAACACCGUGUUCUACAACCGGGUCGUGGCGCUACGUGCUCAGAUCAACGCGACACGGCCCGGUGCACCGGUUGCGGCAGCCAGUGCAGACUCGCUAGCGCGCGAGGAGCAGCUGCUGUUCCUCUGCUCAGCAAUCCUGCAGAACAUCUCGCAGCAUCCGCACAACCGCACGCGAAUGUACAAGGCGGAGCUCAAGGGCAGCGUCGCGCUGGAUAAGGUGAUUGAGGCAGCGGUUGAUGUGGAUGAGGAGACGCGCACUGCGGCGUCGUUCCUGCCGUCCAUACCCAGUGCACGCUCCGUAUCGCCCUCGCCGAGUGCCAUGUCCAUUGGUCCCGCGGUGUCCGCAACAAGCUCUGGCGGCGGCGCCCCCAGGAGCGCAGCCAGGGGCACUGGGCUGGGCUCCGGGCCGAGCUCCUCGCGUGUGACUGGCGGCGGCGCUGCUCCCGCGAGGAGCACGAUUAGCUGCAACGGGCGGAUAGCGCCAGGCGCCAAAAUGACCUCAAACGGACAGGUGAUCAACAACGGUGUAGACACGGUGCUCGCUGGCUGCGUGCGGCCAAAGGUGGUGUUCCCUCCCAUCUGCGAGCGUGGCCCUGAGGCAAACGCAGCACAGCAGCGCUACGGCACGGCUGGGACGAGCGGCACCACGCUGACGCGGGCUGGCAGCGUACAUAGCACGAGAAGCGGUGCCGGCGCUGACGACGCUAGCGAGGGUGUGGAGUAUAGCGACGGCGGGUCGGGCAUCCGGCACGUGCAGGUUACAGACUCGCGGUACCGCUUCCUCACCUGGAUAGACAACACCUUCCACGACCUUGAGGCGGGCAACAACGUGCCCUUCGCCCGCAAGUCCACCGUCGCCACCUCAACCAACAGUCCGACCGCCUUAGCCGCCGCUGCCGCCGCCGCGGGCACGUCUGGCGACGACCGCACCGUCGCCUCCUCCCGCAACACCUACCGCAAGCCGCUAUGGGACGAAAACGGCGAUUGGCUGCCCAACGAGCCUGAAUCCUUUAAGGCUUUGAACAAACUCUUGGCACGGCCACUCAGCCACCUCUGGCAGGAAAUGCCCGAGCACCGUGCGCGGCAGGGCAAGCAGCGCUGGGAGCCGGUGGUUUCAGAGUACCGGGAACUUGUAUCGGACAAGCCACUCACGCGGCCAGCUGCCAAGCUGCUGUCCACGUUACCGCCCCGAGACCAGGAGGAUCUGCUGGUGGCAGCGACGCAGCUCGUGGGCCUUACGCCAGAGGACGGCAUGGGCUCUGGGCCCGGGUCUAUCCUGGAGGAUGAGGAGGGCAGCUUGCGGGCAGGGUCCAUCGGCGUCAUUGAAGAGCCGCCGAGCUCCAGCGGCGGCGCGUACGGCGAGGUACCGGUACGCACCAGCAGCGGCGGUGGGGGGAGGACCGGCAGUAGGCGUGGGCCGCCGCCGCCGCCGAACAUGGCCAGCAUCCUCGCAGGGGACUUUAGCGCGGACCUUGGCAAGCCGACGCCGUCUGCGGUGUCCUGGACAGAUGGACCGCCGCACCGGCCUUCGACACGGGAGCGUGACAACGGUCGCGUUGGCCUGACGGUGCUGCAAGCGACGCCAGAGGCUCUGCAGGCGACGGCGGCGCGGAAAGCGGCUGAGAUUGCGGCAGCGAACUCGCCGCACUUUGGCGGUGUGGGCAUGGACAUUAACACUGACGGCGACGGUGCUGGUGGCGACGGCAACAGUCCCGGCCGCCAAACAGUGCCGCUUAAGGUGUGCCUGGGGCCCAAGCGGCCACGUCAGGUAAUCACCUUCGAAGACCGGAUCAUUGUGGAUAACGACUCAGCGCGACCCACGCUUACACUGUUCGAGCACGUGGAAGGCUCCAAGGUCUCGGAGGGCCUCUUCCCGUCGUACAUACUUCCAAACGGCAAGCGCGCGCACAUGUACUACAGCGGCGGCGCGCUGCUGGAUGAGGUCAGCGUGGAGGCGGUCAUCCCGCCGCCGCGGCCUUCCACAGUGCCUCAGGCCCUGCAGCAAACCAUGCCGCUCGCCAACGUGCUCAACCUCAUCGCCAAGCCGCCCGGAAGCGCUCCGCCCUUCAUCCCUUACAAGCCCGUGCCGCGGCUGGUGCCCUUGCCCACCAUGCACACCCUCACCGUCAAGCGGCCCGACCAGCUCAUAGCGGAGGCCUUUGGUGACCUGCGCGAGGACAACCUGCAGCUUGUGAUCCAGGCCAAGAAGAUCAUCAAGACACAAACCACGACACGCGUGGAGAACAUUGAGAUCAAGCCGCAAGAGGAGCGCGAGCCGUGGACGUUGCCGUCAUCCAUCUUCAAGAACCGUGUCAAGGAGUGCGAUGCGCGCGCCUUCUACGACUCGCACCAGGUUGAGGAGCGCAUGUUCGAGCGCGACUGGCAGCGCGCCUGCUCGAAGGAGAAGUUCACGAGCAUGAUGUCGCGCGAGAACAAGAGCAACAAGGAGGGCAAGGACGAGAAGGUGGCCAUCAAGGAGGUGCACGAAGUGCUGCUGCGCUACUGGGCGCAGGUGUUCGGGGCCUACGUGUACUACGCGGCGGGCGGCACCGGCGACCCCUACCACAUGUCGCUCAACGCCUUCACCACCUUCCUGGAUGACUGUCAGAUUGCUGACCCAGAGUCGCAGUACUGCAAGCGCUCAGAUUGCGAUACCAUCUUCAUCGUUUGCAACUUCCAGCCGGACAAGAAGAGCGCCGAGGCUGCGGUCAACAUGGAGAACGCCAUGAUGCGCUACGAGUUCCUGGAGGCCAUCGUGCGUCUGGCCAUUGCCAAGUACGGCAAGGGCCAGGCCACGGACGACCUGGCAACCGCUGUGGGCAUGCUGAUCGAGAAGAACAUUAUCCCCAACCUGGUACCCGGCGCGGUGCUCAACUCCAAUACCUUCCGUACGGAUCGCCUCUACAACGAGGAGGUGGACCUGGUGUUCAAGAAGCACAGCGUCAUGCUCAAGGCGCUCUACAGCCGCUACCGCCUCAAGCCGGUGGGCGGCGGCCUGCGCCCCAAGGUGCUCAAGCUGGACGGCUGGCUGCAGUUCAUGCAGGACGCGCACCUGGUGGACGGACAGUUCACGCUGCAGGACGCGGCGCUGGCUUUCCUGUGGGCUCGUAUGUUCGUCAUCGACGAGAUCAAGGACUUUGCGCGCUAUACCUGCCUCUCCUUCACGGACUUCCUGGAGGCUAUCGGCCGUGUAGCGGACAUUAAGGCGCUUCCCUCCUCCGCAGACCUGGAGGUUGCUGGGUACACCAGCGUCCUGGAGUGGGCGCUGGACAAGGAGCGCAUGGAGGGCGGCACUAUGGACAGCAAGAACCCUGGCGGCGGCGGAGGCGGGGACGGCGCCGGUGAUGGCGGUAAUGCACCAGUCACAUCGUUGGACAUCUUCCGGCCGCGCGGAUCCGCGGGCUUCAACACGCCCAAGACGCGGCCGCUGCAUGUGAAGUUGGAGAUGUUCCUGGACCUGAUGUUCCGGAGGCUGUACUGGGACCCGUCGCAGCCGGAGGUUCCCUUCAACUACGACGGCUUGCUGAAGCUUGUCAAGAAGAUUGACAAGGACCUCGGGCCUUAAGGGGUUCUACCUCGUUCUGUCACACUGUCGUGGACUAUGCUGCAUGUAUGUGGUUACUUGUUUGGAACGCCUCUCUUGUUACAUGUAUUCAUGGUUGGAUGGCUGAUUGUUUGUUACGGCAGGCAUGGGCAUGCAGUGAUGCAGGUGGAGACGGGUUUGAACGAUGCCAGUCACUGGCCUGCCUGGAGCCGGAGGGCCAGCACGCGCUGUCAGAUGCUGAGUAAAUACAUUGGGUCGGAUGGAUAAACUAGUUCACUUGGCAACAGGCCCGGGCGGCUUUUGGUGCUGGAGAACUCGUGACCAUGGACACACUGCAUACCAGCCCUCGGGGCAUAGUGUGCUGCACUGCUGGGGGUAGCUGGAACAAAUGAGCGUCUCAUUUUCCAUUGAGUUUGACGUAAACUUCUAAGUAUUUCCGUCUGGUAGGACUGUAGCUAAUAACGAAUGCGGAGAUACCAGGCUAUAUCUGCCUAUGACGUGACCUGCGGCUCACACGAGAUCGUCUGUGGCGUGUGGGCAGCCCUUGGGGCCUCCGAGCAGGAGGUUUAGGACGUAGGGUAAACCUGUACGGAGGCGCAAAAGUACCUGCGCACUGAUCUACUGCUGUUUUUGGCGGGGCGCUGGCAUGAACGCAUUGGGGCAUGGUGCAGCUGAGAAUCACAGCUUCAAUGCCUUGCGUGCAGAUGGCCUGACCGGGCUGAUGAGUUUGCUUGUAGCAGCGCACGUAUGUGUGCCUUUGUAUGACAAACAAAGGAUGACAGGUUGGCAGUGGAUGGUGGUUAUGAACAGCUGUGUGCACGACGUGUCAUGUAAUGCUGAAUGCGAUUUUUACAAGGGGGGUCCGAACGACUCAAGUGCGACUUGCAAUGUAAUGUAAUGCUGCAUUAAGAA